AGUUCAGCCCCUUUCUCUCCUCUCUUCGGGGCGCCUCCCCCAGUUCUCCCCGCUGUCUCUCUCCUCUGGUGUCCGGGCUUCCUGCCCCCUAUCCUGACUCCUGGCAGCAACCACAAGCAAACAUCCCUAUCUCCAGCAGCAGAUCCAGCCCCACUCAGCACAUUCACGCCUCCUCUUGGCGGUGGCACAGCGCCAGCCCCUCAGCCUCCAGCCCCGUCCUUCCGCCUUGGGUCUUGGCUUCUCCCUCGUCACUCUGACACCUGGCAGCAUGGCUCAGGCCCGGCCCUGGCCUCACCUUCCCUCGGACUCUUCCCCAGGUCCCUAGCCCGCCUCUGCUGGGCCCUCGCGGGUCCCCGUCUGUGGUCUGUGCUGUGGCCACCCCUGCACCUCUCCCGAGGUCUCUCCGGAACACCAGUCCUAACAGGCUGCGCCCGCCCGGGCUCCCAGGUCGGCCUCCAGUCUCCCUAACCCAACCCCCACCCAGCCCCGCCCCAGCCCUGGCCCCUGGGGCCCUCCUGCCUGCCUCCGCCCGCCCCUCUGGACUGGCAGAGCCGGGCUGGGCUGGCAGCCCGCGACGGGAGGGAGCCAGGCAGCGCGGAGGGAGCCGAGGCAGGGCCUGACCAGAGGCCCGGCGGCGCCGGAGCUGGGAGCCGGCAGAAGCCCGACCCAGAGGUACUGAGGAGCGGAUCCCUGACCUUCCAGACCCUGGGCUCCCUUGGCUGCCACCUCCCUGGGCCAGGUCAUGCGCUGCUCCAAGUGCCUGCUCUGCCUGUCAGCACUGCUCACACUCUUGGGCCUCAAAGUGUACAUUGAGUGGACCUCAGAGUCCCGAGUCAAGGCGUACCCAGAACCCCAGGGCACCCUGCCAGGCCCCACAGCCACCAGUGCCGAGCCCACCCUGCCUGCCAACCUCUCAGCUCGCCUAGGCCAGACUGGCCUGCUACCCUCAGCUUACUGGAACCAGCAGCAGUGGCGGCUGGGGACCCUGCCCAGUGAGAACAGCACUGAACCAGGAGGCUGCCAGGCUUGGGGUGCUGCAGCCGCUGCUGAGAUCCCUGACUUUGCCUCCUACCCUGAAGACCUCCGCCACUUCUUGCUAUCCGCAGCCUGCCGGAGAUUCCCACAGUGGCUGCCUGCAGGUGAAGAUAGCCAAGUGGCCAGCUGUUCCAGUACCAACGUCCCCUACUUACUGCUGGCUGUCAAGUCAGAACCAGGACAUUUUGCGGAACGCCAGGCUGUGAGGGAGACCUGGGGCAGCUCAGCCCCUGGGAUCAGGCUGCUCUUCUUGCUGGGUUCCCCAGUGGGCAAGAGGGGACCUGACCUACGCACACUGGUGACCUGGGAGAGCCAUCACUACAGUGACCUGCUGCUCUGGGAUUUCCUUGAUGUCCUCUAUAACCAGACACUCAAAGACCUGCUGCUACUGACCUGGGUGGGCCAGCACUGCCCUGACGUAAAUUUUGUUCUGCAAAUUCAAGAUGAUGCCUUUGUGAACAUCCCUGCCCUACUGGGUCACCUGCAGGCCCUGCCACCCACCUGGGCCCGAAGCCUCUAUCUGGGUGAGGUCUUUACCCAGGCUAAGCCUCUCCGGAAGCCUGGAGGGCCCUACUAUGUACCUGGAUCCUUUUUUGACGGCGACUACCCAGCCUAUGCAAGUGGAGGUGGCUACGUCAUUGCCGGUCGCCUGGCUCCCUGGCUACUGCAGGCAGCAGCCCGUGUGGCACCCUUUCCGUUUGGUGACGUGUACACUGGCCUCUGCUUCCGUGCUUUAGGCCUGGUGCCCCGGGGCCACUCAGGCUUCCGCACAGCCUGGCCAGCAGACCACACCAUAGACCCCUGCACUCUUCGAGAUCUGCUGCUUGUGCGACCUCUCAGCCCACAGGACACCAUCCGGCUCUGGAGACAACUUCAGAGCCCGAAACUCAAGUGCUGAGCCUCAUGGAUAGCAGGGUGUGGGGUAGGCCUGUACCUCUGACAUCUGCCAGCACCUCCUUUCAGGCCUGGAUGGAGGGCAGAGGUCUUAGAACAGGACUGCAGGAGCACCUCCUGGGCCCUGUCUGGGGAGGGACAGGGCAGACAGGACAAAACAGCAGACUGUCUUUUUCUGUUUUCGAAAAAUAUGUACUUCCCACUCUGA